AUGGGAGGGCAACGUUCUGAAAAGGGAUUGGGAGCUGGAAGCGGCUCGCACGGGGCCUCCGAAGCUCCCCGGUGCUCUGCGUCGCUCGCAGCGCAUUGUUUGCUUUUUCGUAUUGUUCCCAAAUAUAAAGCAACUUGGAAGGUCUUUGUUAGGGAACCACAAACAGGAAAACUGCAGGCUGUAGACGCUUUCUCGUUGCUAGGAUUGAUGGGCAGUUCCCUUUCAUUUGCUUAUAUAUUGUCGAUAUUUGGGCUUUUGCUCUCCUCUUCAUUGGAUGCGACUUUGGCAGCUUCUGGUGGCUGGGGGCCUCCUCCCCCCUCUAGCAAUGUAUAUCCGAAUUUAGGGGGUUUUUACCCAACAUCCACCCCUGCAAGCCCCUCGUUGACCUGCACAACGCCUAGCAUUCAACUCCCUUAUACGCAUUUGGACUAUGAGCGGUGUCGGACGGAGUAUUCGGUUUCUUGCUUGACCGAGGGGGAGUGGCAGGAUUUGAAGUGGGGCUCUAUAGAAGUCAUGUGCAGGCCGAGUAGCAACUUAUUGGUAUUCUUCUUAGAGAAUAGCCCGAGAUUCUCGUGGAAUCCAUGGAGGAUCGCCACGGCGACCGCUAGGAGGGUUGCAGGAUCAGUUGACAUCCGGACUGCUUCCUUGCCGCUUAGCAGCUUCUGCGAGUGCAGCACAACCCCCCCUAGGCCGUUCUUUGUUGAACGCUUCCAAAAGGAACAAUAUAUUGUAGGAGCAACAGUUCAAUCUAUGCCUCGUAAGGUCUUCGAAUUCUUUGGUGAUAAGACUAAUUGCGAGGUGCCUAGACACUGGAGUGACUCCUUUGCUCCUGUCUCCGCGGCUGCAGCGGCCGCUGCUUACCACCCCUCUAAUGCGGCUUACCCGACUGCAGCAUUGCCAGCAGCAGCAGCAGGACCGGCAGCAGCAGCACCGCAUGUGCCGCUCUUCGAGUUCAAGGAGGUAUACCGCUGUACCUGGAAGUUCUAUACCACAUAUCAGCCUCGAGUGUUUGUUACUCGCGGCGAAGUCCUUAUUGGGGGGCCGAGCCAGACAAGUGCUUCUUCUGGCGCUGCACUAUCCGGACCGGCUGCUGCUGCUGCUGCUUCCGCUGCUAAUACCACAGACGCAGCAGCAGCAGUUGAAAGCGCUGUCGCCCGCCUCAGCCUCCCCCCCGCCUGUCACAUGUAUGACGUUCCUGCAGCUUUCCGUGUCUGGGUAAGACCAGCACCAACACCAGCAGCAGCCACAGCAUCAGCAGGAGCACCAACAGCAGCAGCAGCAGGCAUGGGCCUCAUGACGGAGCAGCAGCGGGACCCAUCCCUGUAUGAAGUUGUGAUGCAGAUCGACACCACCAAGCAGAAAGCACAGACACACGAUGCUGUCUACUAUAGGAGACUUGUUACUACUUCAGAUUUUGAUCUUGCAGUUUCGCGCGGGCAGCCAUAA